UUAGUAAAUAAAAUUACAAACAGUGGAGUCUUAUCGUUAUCGGUGUGACUAACUCCGAGAUUUCUUUCCACCGGAGAAGCUAAAAAACACGAUGAGGUUCCCGGCGGCGGCUAUUUCACUUGCGAUUUCAUCGUUGAUUUUGGCGGUUGCCUCGGCGCAGCCGCAUUUUCGGGUGCGGGAGACCAGCAGCAGCAGCAGCAGCAGCUAUUUGACCAAGGAAGAGCACUGGAUGAAUCAAACUAUUGAUCACUUCUCCCCCUACGACCGCAGACAAUUUCCUCAACGUUAUUAUGAAUAUCUUGAUGAGUUCCGAUCUCCUGAUGGUCCAAUAUUUCUUAAGAUCUGUGGAGAAUCAGUGUGCAGUGGGAUUAGUAAUGAUUAUUUAGGGGUUUUAGCAAAGAAGUUUGGAGCGGCUGUGGUUUCCCUUGAGCAUCGUUACUAUGGAAAGAGUUCUCCUUUUGAUUCAUUCAGCACGGAGAAUCUGAGGUAUCUUUCGUCAAAACAAGCACUGUUUGAUUUGGCUGUUUUCAGACAGUAUUAUCAGGAAUCGUUAAAUGCAAAGCUCAACAAAUCAACGGACAAUCCAUGGUUUGUCUUUGGUAUUUCAUAUGCUGGAGCAAUGAGUGCGUGGUUCCGCUUGAAGUUCCCACAUCUUACUUGCGGAAGUCUUGCUAGCUCAGGUGUUGUUCUCGCUGUCUACAACUUUACAAAAUUUGAUGAGCAGGUUGGUGAAUCUGCUGGUCCAGAAUGUAAAGCUGUCUUGCAGGAGAUUACCAGUCUUGUUGAGCAGAGGCUUGAAUCGAAUCAGAAAGAGCUAAAGAAAUUAUUUAACGCGCCUGAGCUAUCAAAAGACGGCGACUUCUUGUAUUUUCUGGCAGACGCAGCUGCCACAGCGAUUCAAUAUGGAGAUCCAGAUGAACUGUGCAACCCUCUUACUGAAGCAAAGAAAGCUGGAGAAGAUUUAGUAGAAGCAUAUGCCAAAUAUGUAAAGGAGUAUUACAUAGACUAUAUUGGUGUCGAUGUUGAGACUUAUGACCAACAGCAGUUGAAGAAAGACAAAAUCAGCAGUAGCAGCAGCUCUACUCGAUUGUGGUGGUUCCAAGUGUGCACAGAAGUUGCAUAUUUUCAAGUUGCACCUGCGAAUGAUAGUAUCCGUUCAUCAAAACUUGACACUAGAUACCAUUUGGAUCUCUGUAAAAAGGUCUUUGGGGAUGAUAUGCCUGGCCCGGAUGUUAAUGCAACAAAUUUGUAUUAUGGAGGCAAAGAUAUUGCUGGUUCAAAAAUUAUCUUCACCAAUGGUUCACAGGACCCUUGGCGACAUGCAUCUAAACAGACAUCUUCACGCGACAUGCCUGCAUACAUCAUCAAGUGUCAUAACUGUGGCCAUGGCUCGGACAUGCGUGGCUGCCCCCAGUCUCGUUUGGUUCCCAAGGGUGAUGCAAAGAACUGCUCCUCCCCGGACGCGGUCAACAAAGUAAGGCAGAAUAUCAUCACCUACAUCGAUCAGUGGCUAUCCGAAUGCCAGUUUUCAGGGGUAAGUGCCAUGUAAAGUAUAAAACCGAGUGCAGAAAACGAGAACUUAACGCAUUAUGCUCUACUGGAAGUCAGAUUUUUCUUGAAAUUUCAGCAGAUGUGUGAGUAAGUUCUCUUGUAUGAAUUAUCAUCACAAUGUUAAUUCUGUAUGUAUAUUUAACUUCACUGUUUCUGCAGUUGUCCCUUUCUUGCAAGAGACAUUGAAACAUGUAGAAUUAAAUAAAGAGCACUCAUUGCAUGUUUUAUUAUUUCUCA